AUGGGACGAACUGAACCCUCAGUCGGUAGACCGCCCGCUAGCUUCCGUCGCGAUGCCCGUGCGAAAAAGGCCAAAGCAACUAUUAAUAGGGUCAUACCGCCCCUGCUGGCAGCGCAUCCGCGGGCUCGUCGGGGGACCGAAACUUCGGAGCUGAUUGUCGAUCCCCCUUCCCCGCCACCGUCUACUCAAGCUCCUGGAGUCGGGACGCGACGGCGCACUAGUCGAGGACCUGCUGCAUAUGAAGGAAAUAGCGGGAAUAGAGAAUCAAGAGGGGAAGACGAAGGCAAAGGCCCCCGUAUCUCGCUGCGUGUGGCAGAUACACUAGAAGCAGCAUACUCACUGCUCCUCAUCCCGGGCCACGAACCAGAGCAGCGGCGAGAUCUUUCCAACACGGCAGCCCGUGUCGGCGUGUUGAACAUGGCGUCACCACUAUCUGGAGGCGGUGGGUUCCUGAACGGCGCAUCGAGCCAGGAGGAGUCGCUAUGCAUGCGCUCGACGCUUCUCCCGUCUCUACGCGACGAGUUCUACCGUCUUCCUGAGCUCGGCGUCGUCUUUACGCCUGACGUGCUGGUGUUCCGCGGCUUUGGUAGCGAGCCUCGGGGCGAAGAGGAAGAGCUCCUAUCGAAGCGCGAUCGUUGGUUCGUCGAUGUCGCGUCUGCGGCCAUGAUACGAAUACCUGAAAUCGAGGUCGACGAAGAAUCUGGAUUUGCCCGGUACGCUAGCGCUGCAGACCGCGAACUAGCCGUGCGUAAGAUGCGCGCCGUGCUGCGUGUGUUUGCUGCCAAGGGCGUGCGCCGGGUCGUGUUAGGUGCAUGGGGAUGCGGCGCAUACGGUAACCCAGUCGGCGAGAUUGCGAAGGCGUGGCGGAAGGUCUUAAUUGGCGGGAGUAGAGACGGGAAUAAAGGGGAGAAUGGCCAACAGAAGAGAAAAGGGAAGGGGAAGAAAAAGGAGUCAGAUUCAGAUUCAUGGGAAAGUUUCGAGCAUGUCGUCUUCGCGAUCAAAGACCCGGGGAUGGCACAGGCGUUCGCAACCGCGUUUGGUGAGGAGUUUCUCGAAGUAAAUAAUUCUGAAGGGGGAGAAGGCAACAUUGGCAGUGAGGAUGGAGAGGACGAUGAAGAGGAUGCUAGUGUGAAGGAACUCCGUGAUAAGAUUCGGGAGCUAGAAGUGCGCGCCGAACAGGCACAGACGCCUCAACUCAGAGCCGGGCUUAGUUCCGUGCUCGCUGGGCUGAGAAGUCAAUUACCAGACUCUGAUGAUAUUUCUUCUCGGGCAGACCCUGUAGGCAGUAGGGGUGGCAGGGAUGACGAAAGUGAGAGCGAGGGCGAUGACGAGUCGACCAAAGGAGAGUUAGGGGACGAUGAAAACCGAAGCGGGCAUUAUAAUGAAGAGUUAAAAUUCAAAUAG